GAAAAGCAGGAAUUCAGUUCAAAAUGGUUGAGACAGAAGAGGUUGAUCAGAAAAUAAGCCAAUUUGAUGUUAAGUUCAAAAACAGGAUACUGGAGAUUCCACGCCUGACUGUUUCAGAUAGGACGGAAAGCUUGUACCGUAACCUUGUUGUCUGUGAACAGUUUGACAAUAGAUAUCCAGCAUUCUUAACUGAUUACAUUGUACUCAUGGAUUUCCUAAUCAACACUGGGAAGGAUGGGGAGUUACUUUGUGAACAUGGAAUCAUUGAUAACUUGUUAGGCAAUGGUGAAACAGUUGGGGUCGUGUUCAACAGGCUUGGAGAUGAGAUUGGUUUCUCCAGAGAAAGUUUCUUUUAUGUCAAGUUAUGUAGGGACAUCGACAGGCAUUACAAUUCACCUUGGAACAAAUGGAAGGCAAACUUAAAGCACAAGUAUUUUAACACUCCAUGGACUUUGAUCUCCCUUGUUACUGCAACUCUGUUGCUUCUACUUACACUGCUACAAACCAUAUUUUCCAUUUUCCCUCUUUGGAGUGAAAGAAACUGAUGUGCAGCAGAAAUAUAGUUUGCUACCCUUUUGUACCGUAUAGUUACCGUACGUUUUGUAUGAUUGUAUCUUGCUUUUUUAAGGUGUUCUAACUAUUAUUAUCAUGUUUUAGGUUUGUUUUGUUGGGUUUCUUUGGGUUGUAAGUUGUCAAGUAGUUUCACAAGCAUAUAUCCUUGACAUGGAACCAAACUGUAUACAGGAGUAAAGUAGAGAAAUUGCC